AAUUCAGGAAAAGGCGCACGCUAGGCGCUCCAAACGCGAAAAUAAGACGCGUAUUACGCUAAAAUUUCCAACUUUUUACCGAUAGGAAGAAAGUUCACACAAGGGAUUAAACAGGAUUAUUUUAAUCUUAUUAUACUACAUAAUAAUUUGUAUUAUAGAUACUUGUUAGUGAGACAGUGUCAGGAGCCUUUCUUGUGAUUGAUAACUUUUGAACAUUCUUAUUGAGAACUUUUGAAAAAGUUCAGAUAAAAGACUAAAAAGUGUUAUUAAGUGGUGUUAGAAAUAUUUUUUGAACUGUUUUUUUUUAACUUGUGAUAGUGUUGUUGUUAAAAGUGUUGAAACUAGAAGGAACUUUCUGUUUAGAAAUUAAGAACCUAUAUAUUUCAUUAUUUUUUCAAAGUGAAAACAACGUAAAGGAUGUCUAGGAGCAAGACUAAGUUUAUUCGUUUUUGUAACUGAUCCCAUUAAUGAGAAAAAUGUAUCGUUACCAUCAAACAGUCAUCACAAGCACAACCAACAAAAACAAAGUACUGAAACUAAAAUUCACGAAAAUAAAAAUAUAUAUUCACGAUACAAUAAGAAAUUUAACUGUCAUCCACAAAAGGUAUUAAAGGAAGACUUAGAUUAUUAGAGAAUAUAAGAAAGAAAUGACUCAGAGUAAUUAAAAAAAAUCACAUAUCAACAAAGAACAAACUUGAACAUGAGUGACGACACAGACUUACUAGAAGUGUUUAACUACUCAAACGAGUCAUACGAUUACUCUUGCCUGGCAACGCAAACUGAACAGAUCAAUUUCUUCCGAUUCGUUACCAACGGAAUCUUCCUGAACUUUAUCGGAUGUUUUGGAAUUUUGGGCAACCUGAUAUCGAUGAUCAUUCUAUCCAGGCCGCAGAUGAGGUGCAGCAUCAACUAUCUGCUGAUCGGUCUUGCCAGAAUUGACACGGUGCUGAUUAUAACGAGCGUGUUGCUGUUUGGUCUGCCUGGGAUUUAUCCAUAUAGCGGAUCGCUGUUUAAUUACUACUUUAAAGUGUAUCCGCACAUAGCUCCAGUAGUCUACCCCUUAGCCACAGUAAUGCAAACUGCAUCAGUAUACUUAACCAUGACAGUAUCCCUAGAACGCUACGUGGCAGUAUGUCAUCCCUUAAGGGCCAGAUCCCUCUGCACUUACGGCAGAGCCCGCAUCUACGUCAUCGGGAUUGUUGUCUUCUCCACCAUAUACAACAUCCCCAGACUGUGGGAGGGCAAAAUUAAGGCGGAAUGGUCGGAGGAGUACAAUACCACGGUUUACUGUCCCAUGCAGUCGAAUUUUAGAGAUAACAAGUACUACCAGACGGUGUAUAUUCACUGGUUGUACUUGAUCUGCAUGUAUUUGGUGCCGUUUCUGUCUUUGGCGAUACUGAAUGGUGCCAUUUAUAGACAGGUUCUGAAAGCCAACAGAGAACGCCAAAGACUCUCUCGGUUACAACAACGGGAAAUCGGUCUGGCAACCAUGCUAAUGUGCGUAGUCGCCGUAUUUUUCGUGUGCAACCUGCUGCCCAUGGUGAUCAACAUCGUGGAAACGUUUAACCUGCCCACCGAGGAUAUCUUUAACGUCAACAUGAUGAUCAACCUGAGCAAUCUGCUUGUGACGAUAAACAGUAGCGUGAACUUUGUAAUCUAUGUGAUAUUCGGCGAAAAGUUUCAGAGAUUGUUUCUGGUGUUGUUCUGUCACAAUUCGUUGUUUUUUCCGGGGCGCGACUCACCAGAUGGCGUCACGCACGAAGACAGUUUUGUCUCCAACGGGGAUAGAAGCUUUAGACUGCAUCGCCAGAGCACAAGUGUGAGUAGAACCAGUGGCAGUAGAAAUAGCAGAAUGAAUGGUUCAGUUAAUGGCAGCAGAAAGUUCGGAAAAACCCCUAGUCCUGGUCCCUGCGUCUACUAUCCCGCUUCGAGGAACUCCAAAGAAAUCUCGCCGUUCACGGGCCAAUCCACCAUAAACGUGCCCGAUUGACGAUCGCUCACCGCGAACGUGUGAACCCAGGCUUUAAAAUGAAUACAGCUUUAGCUUCACACUUUGAAUAUAGAGAUUAAGGAAGGAGCAUAUGACUAAAAAUCUUAUGACUGAUUAUGGCUAAUUUAAAUUCCGGUUUUUCAAGGCCGUUCUAAUUUUAUUAAAUAUAGAUAGUAAGAAAAAUACCAAAUACGCUACUGUAACACCUAAGUCAAUUUGACGUAUCCUAAUUAUUUUUG